GCAGACCAAACUAAUCGAUCCACGCUGUUGACUUGUGCGAUCUCGGAUUUCCUGGUCAGAUGAGAGCACGGAAAACACGUCAACAGAACAUCACCCUCACUCUCUUUCACAUCAGAAGUUGUUAAUAUAACUUAAACAGCCAGGCGAUCGCACCGAGGAUAGGACUAAAUUCAAGUUAUCUGUACGUUGUUCCUGUAUCCGUGUUGAAUAUGUCUGCGUCCGCUGGCGGUGCUGUAUCUCCGGGCUCGGCCCUCUCUCCCGGUCCCGCUGCGGCUCCCGGCUCCGGCAUGUCCAUGUUCCGAUGGCUGGAGGUGCUGGAGAAGGAGUUUGACAAGGCGUUCGUGGAUGUGGAUCUGUUACUGGGAGAAAUCGACCCAGAUCAGGCUGAUAUCACAUAUGAGGGCCGUCAGAAGAUGACCAGUCUCAGCUCAUGUUUUGCUCAGCUGUGUCAUAAAUCCCAAACCAUCUUUCAGCUCAACCACAAACUAGAGGCUCAGCUGGUGGACCUGCGGUCGGAGUUGACAGAUGUCCAGGCGGAGAAGGCUGUGGUGGAGAAGGAGGUUCAUGAACAGCUUCUGCAACUUCACGCAAUGCAGCUCAAACUCCAAGCCAAAGGCGGACAGGCGGUCGACUCGGACUCCAUCAAGGACAGGAUGCCUGUUCCUUCAGUGGAGGACAAGGAGAAAGAGCUAGAGGCCAGUAAGAAAGAAAAAGUGAAGGAGGCCAAGUUGGAGGCAGAGGUGAAGAUGUUGAAGAAAGAGAACGAGGCCCUCCGCAGGCACAUUGCGGUAUUACAGGCUGAGGUGUAUGGAGCCAGACUGGCAGCCAAGUAUCUGGACAAAGAGCUGGCUGGGAGGGUGCAGCAGAUUCAGUUGCUCGGGAGAGACAUGAAAGGACCGGCUCAUGACAAACUGUGGAACCAGCUUGAAGCUGAGAUUCACCUGCACCGCCACAAAACGGUGAUUCGAGCCUGCAGGGGGCGCAAUGAUCCCAAAAAACCCUUGCCAUCACCUGUGGGGCAUGACACAGAUUCUCUGAAAAAGACUCAGGGAGUCGGCCCUAUACGCAAAGUGGUUUUGACCAAAGAAGAUCACGAAGGACUUGGCAUCUCCAUUACCGGCGGUAAAGAGCACGGCGUUCCCAUCCUCAUCUCCGAAAUCCACCCCACCCAGCCUGCAGAGCGCUGCGGAGGACUGCAUGUGGGAGAUGCCAUCUUAGCAGUCAACAACAUCAACCUGAGAGAUGCAAAGCACAAAGAGGCCGUCACCAUCCUCUCACAGCAGAGGGGGGAAAUUGAGUUUGAAGUGGUUUACGUGGCUCCAGAGGUGGACUCUGAUGAUGAGAACGUGGAGUAUGAAGAUGACAGCGGACAUCGCUAUCGGCUGUACCUGGAUGAGCUGGAGGAGGGAUCAGGAGCCAGUCACAAUAAUGGCACUGCUGACCCCGCUUCCCUACAAGCUGUAGGGAAGCAUUUAGUGAACAACAGAACAGAGAAUGGAGAUGCCGCCUUGUCCAGUGAAAGCCCUUCAGACGACAAGACCUCCAAGACAGCAGCAGAGUCUGCAGAAAGUUCGUCCUAGAUCUCCAGACUAGCAGAAUGAUCCUGGAGAUGACAGAGAGGGAGAGGAGCGUCAGACGCAGAGACGGAGACCAGAAAGAGAUUAAGACUGCACAUGUAUAAUAUGUAACAUACCAGAUUCUUCUUGUUUUAUGCCGUUUGGAGAACAGACUGCUUCGACGUCCACUGGAGAUGGAUGAACCACUGAGAAGGGAAGAGGACAUAAUGUUACUCAGUGGCCACAAAGGAUUGUUUGCACGUCACCAUCUUGGUUUAUAGUUGUAACGAAACACUUGAGGGGACAAAAUGACGAUCUGCGUAAUUGAGUAAAUUGAGUGGAUACAAUUCUAUGGUAGAAGAGUUUUGAUUCUUGACUUCCUCUUUUGUGUAACCCUCUGUAGGUGAGCUCAGUAUGAGCUCAAAUGUAGGGCUUCUACUUUAAUGAUUCACACGUCUUCUCUUGUACUGAAGUAGAUGGAUAUAGCAGUGAGUUACUGUUUGCUCAAAAUGUAUGCACAUUGUUUUUAACGUCUCUGUUUUAGCUUAAUGUGAUCCUGUCCUGCUCCAAAGCAAAGGCAAACAGGAUGAUGCUACUUCCUGUUUUGCACACAGGGUGGUCAGUAGGUGAUGGGAAAAGAAACGACACAGUGCACAUCCAUGUGCUUUCAUUUUUUUGCUUACUUCACUAACAAUCCAAGAACAGAAGUGGACAGGUGCCAUUUAGUUGAUCUAGAAUGGCUUUGGGGUGAACUUUGUAGAAGAGAUUUCCAGGUCAUAUUUUACAGCAAAGAAAACAAAAAUUAUAUAUUUUAGAAUUUUAAUAAUUCUAAUAACUUAAUUCUCUGUGGCAUUAUUUUUUAAAUAAUAAAUACGUUUCCCCCAUGUUGUAACAUGCUAAUUUGGCUGUUAUUUCAAGUUAAUUAUAUAAUUUUGUUUAAAUAAAUAAUAAAAUAACACCAAUAAUAAUUAAUAGUACUAAAUUAGUAAUUAAUCAAUAAUUUGGUUUAAAUACUAAAAAAUAAUACCAAUUAUAAUUAAUAGUACUAAAUUAAUAAUGAAUCAAUUUUCUUUUUUCUCACUAUAUUAAUCUAAUUUUUUUUGUAUUUUCAGAACAAUGAAUCACAUUCCCCCAAAAUUCCUCAACAUUGUAAUCAUUGUAACAUGUGAUUUUAUUUUUUUUAAUUAAAUUUAUUACAAAAAUGUAUAUGUUACUGACAGUUGGUUAAAGGGUGAACGUGCUAAUUAUCCAUGAAAAAUAAUAUUUUGUUUAUAUUGUCACAAUGCAAAAGCAAAAAAAAUUGUAAUAACCACUGCCCUUAAUGGAACAUAAUUUUCUUUCUUUAAUAUUAUAUAUAUAUAUAUAUAUAUAUAUAUAAAAUUUAGUUUAAAUAAAUAAUAAAAUAAUACCAAUAAUAAUUACUAGUACUAAAUUAAUAAUGAAUCAAUUUUCUUUUUCUCCCACUAUAUUAUAGUGUGGGGGUUUCAGGACAACGAAUCACAUUUCCCCUAAAUUCCUCAACACUGAAAUAAUUGUAAUGUGAUUUUUAUUAUAUAUUUUUUAUUAAAUCCAUUACAAAAUAUAUACGUUACUGACAGCUGAAUAAAGGGUGAAUGUGCUAAUUAUCCAUGAAAAAUAAUAUUUUUCAUGAAAAUAAUGUCAAUGCAAAAACAAAAAAAAUAGUAAUAAUUACUGCCCCAAAUGAAACAGAAUUUUCUUUAUUAAAAAAUUGUAAUAAUGAAUUAUUACAAAUAUUUUAUAAUAAUGAAUUAUUAUUUAUAUAUAAUAAUUUGUUUAUUUAUUUAUUUUUAAUAAAGAAAAUUGUUUCAUUUGGGGCAGCAAGUUUUUUAAAGGGUGAAAUAUGACCUAGACAUUUUAUGAUAUCCACUCUUACAUAUCUGUAACAUGUCCAUCUACACCUGAUAGUGCCACUGAACCUACUGUAUUAACAGUGUCUUUGAAAAAGAUACUGAAAUGAACUGGUUAGGGAAGUGUACUUGCAUUUUUACACAGUAAUGUAGCAUAGCGUAUUUAAUCCAAGCCAAUUUACUCUAUAUAUUAUGUAAAAAAAAAAAAAACAAACAAACAUAAAAUUGUACAGAAAUUGAGGAUGAGGAUUCUCACCAACUACCUUGCCCUAUUCAGUCUCUGUAGAGUCGGCUGUAGUGCCUCAAAAUCUGUGAAUUGUAAGAUCAUUACUGUAUAGAUCACUAGAAGAAGUUCCUAUAAUGAUCAGUGUUGCUUUACUACCAUCGAGUUAUUUAACAUAUCACUGCUCUCUCAAUCUGUUCUCUCACUAGCAUUUUCCGAAAGGUUUUUAUCACAUUAUCACCAUCUAAUGCUCCAGUCUGAAUGCCUGAUUGCUCUACUGUAUUUAAAUGAAACAUAUGGGCUGCAUAGCAAUAACACAUUCGCUAAACAACUGCUUUUCACUGUUGAAAGUAAAACAGAUUGGUGGUUAGACGGUCUUAGGUUUUUCAGCAAGGAAACAUAGCUUAAAUAUGAAAUAAGUUAUUUGUUUAUAUCACACUUAGUCUGUUAUUUAACACCCCACUGUAAUGGCCACAGGUGUUUGUAGAUGUCAGGCAGAUGAGGGCAUUCGGGACAAUCAGCUUUUGACAGUUCUGUCUUCUCUUAUCAGUAUGUGGGCUGGUUCAGUGGACUGUUGUUGCUUUUAUUUUCUAGUUACUGAUUUGUUGAUCUGGGAGAAGAUUUAUUUGUGUGAGACAAAAUUCUUCCCACACUGCCAGUGCAUGGCACUGCACAAAUGCAACUUUGACGUGGAGGAACAUUUCUCCUUUUUAUAGCCAAUUCUUUUUGCCUGAUUACUUUUUCUGUUCACUCUGUUUUUCCAAUGUCAUAGGAUUUGUCAUAGGGAGACUGGGAAUAAAUGUUCCACUUGUAGUUAUUGUACGACAUGAAAUGUUUCAAUAAACUUAAAUUUAUUUGCCCAGA